ACAAAACCAACUAAAACAUCAUCAACAACAACAACAACCGAAACGAAAUCAAUAACAACGACAACAAAAUUAAUGACAACAUGGCCAAUAACAUCGCCGACAACACCAACGAAAACAGUAGUAAUCGGAACAACAUCAUCAACAACAACAACAGCAAAAUCAACAACAAUGCAAACAAUCUCUGUAGGAUGUGAUGUUCGUUCAAUGAAAAUUAAUAUAUCAAUCGUUGUAUUGAUUUCGCUUUUUUUUUGA